AUGAAUCAGCUCCUGAAAAUUCCGACUUUGCUACGGGGCAGCUCGGUGGCGUCCUGCCGACGUCUGAGCAACAAAGUCCCGCAAGCUCAGAAACUCUUUCAGGAGCCCAACGCGCUGCCAGUGCACGUGAAGGGCGGGGCUACUGAUGUCAUUCUCUAUCGGGCGACCAUGGCGCUCACCAUUGGAGGUGGCAUCUAUUCUCUGUACUGGCUGCUCGUCGCGUCCAUGCCACGCAAGAAGGCGUAG